ACAAAUCAGCUGUUCUCACCGGUGGUUUUAUAAUUAUUUGUAUUUGUUUUCUAGUUGAGCUCUCAAAAAACUACAAGGAAUGUUAAGAAACUUGGUGCGCAGCUUCGAGACUGCGCUUAAGCUUAAUGCAGCCAGAAACGCAGUUCCAGUAAAAUGCAGUCGACGACUGCUGUUUUCGCAGUACGAAACCCCGACGAAUACCAGGAAAUCCCUUCUCACAACUGCUACAACUGGCGGCAUCGAGGUGGACAACGACUAUGUGCCCUAUCGCCAGGAUCAGGAGAGAGGCACCAAGGCACGAGUGCUUCUCGAUACUCUGCGUGAACGCUUCCGCUUCACGGACGACGAGCUCCAGCGGAUCUUAAGCGACGAAUUGGUGUAUCGCACGUAUCGAGGACGAUCGUUGGCCUUGACCUUGGAUACGCUGCAGUUGGAGGGGGUCAGCAGGCGCAGCUUUUUGGAAUAUCCUUGGCUACUGUCCUUGGACACCAAACGCCUGGAACUAAAGCUGCAGUUAAUUAAGUCGAUGGACAUUCAGGACAUCAACCAUUUUGUGCCCUUCCUGCGCCUCACUGUGCCACGCCUCCGUAAGCUGGUUGGCAUUCUAAACUCAGAGAGAAACACAAUGCCGCACAAAAAUCGCGUUUACUACAUCAGCGAAAAGUUGCAAGUCAGUCCUGAAAUCGUGACCAAAUAUCUUUCGAAAAGACUUUUUAUCCUGGAGAUGCCCUACGAGAUGUUCGAGAAGAACCUGCAGCACAUGAUCGACUACAAUGUGUCACCCAUAAACAUCCUUAAGGAUCUCUGGGCCUUUCGUUAUACACCAAAAUCGGUUCAAUUGCGUUUGGAGCGCGCAAAACGAGCAAAGAAAGAUAAGAUUAUGCCGUGGAUGGUGCGCUGUCCUGAGCCCAUACUCCAGCGUUCCUUGAAGCUUUCCCUUGAUGAGCUGAAGGUUCUGGGGGAGUUCUCCUCCGUUGUGGAAUACCUCGCGCAUCGAUUGGGCUUUAGCGCGAGUGAGGCCAAAGUAAUUAUGGACAAACAUCCACAGGUUCACACCGUGCGUGUGACUAAGAUAAAAGAGGUUCUAGACUACUUACUCGAUGAGGCCAAGUUUUCGAAAUUUGAGAUCGCCCAAGUGCCUCGAAUUCUUUGCCAUAGCCUGAAAACCACAAAGGAGCGUAUGGAGGAGCUGCAGUCACAUGGUUGUCGACCCUCUUCCCUCGUCAUAGUUUGCCGGAGUCGAAGAGAAUACGAUAAGUUUUUGCAGAACUGGAUUAGCCAAAAAAGAACACCGGAAACUGUUUCGUAACGUUAAUUUGUUGAUGGUAAUUAAGAAAAAUUGAGUUUGAAGAAAAUAAUAAAAUUACAGUAAAUCUACGUUAAAUGUUUGAUAAACCGAAUUCAAUUUUGAAACAAAACUUGAAAAACAAUAAACAAUUGACUGUAGUAUACAAAUUACAAAUUAUAUUUACGAUAAUUUGAAAUGUAGAUCACAUCACAUGCUCAUAAUUUUUUUCUGACUCUUUAGUCACAUUUAUUGUAGACAGCAACAGUUUACACAUUGAAAUACUUUCUUAAGGCAUAAAUAAUUAAUUAAAACAGUA